CCUCAAAAAAAAAAAAAAACUAAAUAAAUGUGACAAAGGUGUGAAAAAUUCUUAAUUUUAGUGGCAAACGAGACCAAUCAAUUGGUAUAUUUGCCAUCCAAGCAGGCACAUAGUAACUUGUUGUCUAUUCCGGCACAAAGUCACAAAAGUGCCACGAGACGACAACAUCAAAAGAGAGAGACAAAAAAAGAAUAAAAAAAAAAUGCGUGCGCUGAGGAUAUUCGCGAAGCAGGUGCCACCGGCGCACAUCCUAAAUAUUAAAUCAAUAGUUUUGCUAGUUUUUGUCACACUAUCAAGCGCUCCCCAUGCUGUGCUGUCGCGCAAACAUCACCUGGAAGUUCGCAACGAUAUGCGGCCCUACAUAGCACUGAGCACAUUCGGCUUCUAUACCAAUGGCCAUCUGGAUGUGCAGCUCAGUAAGCUGACGAUUGACGGUGAGAAUCCCGGGGACUUGUUUGGCCUGUCGCUGGACAAGACCACCAUUGAUCAAUUGAAUCCCUACCUGGACUCGCAUCAAAACAAAUGCAUCCUCGAGGAGCCGCCAAAUAUGCAGACCAGUGGACCCAUCCUGUUCUUUGUGCUCGAUCUGAAAGAGCUAAAAGUGCGCGUCAAGUGCUCACCCGAAUGGAACAAUAAACACAUCUACAAGGAUAUCGCCUCGCGCCACAAGCGCAACUCCUUGGCCAAGGUCAGUGACUCUGUGCUGUUCCGGCAGCGUCGCGAUGCACCGCCACAAUACUCAGCCGAAGGUGCCGAUGACAUGGACGAGCAUUCAGUGGAGGAGCCCAUGGAUACGGAGGAGCUGCGUCAGCCACAUGCCCUGAAACCAUCGCCAUCAAUCGCCGUUGUGGGUAAAAUCGAAGUGCCAGCCGAUGUGAAGCCCAGCCCCAAAGCCAAGGAAGGAGUUGCUGCUGUAGCUGCUGCUCCAGCUGCUCCUGCUGUUCCUGCUGCUCGUCCUGCUGAUCCAGUCAGAGUGCACGGUUAUGCUGGAACACCGGAACAACUUACCCUUGACAAGAAGCGUAUUAAUUCGUUAAUGAAUUCCAUAAACAAACCACCGAAAAAAUCGCAAAUCAAACCAGAGGCUGCAGCUGCUGCUGCAGCUGUACCCAAGGAUGAGGACGAAGAUUAUCUUGCACCCGACCCCAAGCAGGAGCCAGUGGAAGUGCCAAAGGUGGCUUCAAUACCACCACCAUCAGCACCGAAAGCAGCUGCACCUGACACUGAAUCCGACAAGAUGAAAGCCGACAACGACAAUAAUGCCGAAGAAGUAGCGCCAGCUCCAGUUAAUCCCUUUCCCUCGGAGCAACUGGGCCCCUUUCCCGGCGAAAGUCUGUCCGACAAUAGCUUGUACAAUUCGUACAAGCAAUCGCAGGAUGCGCUGUGCAAGGACUCCACGCUGCCACUGGACAGACAAGUCAUUCAGGGUGUGACUUAUUACAACUUUACGUUCUCCAUGCUGGUGGCCACACUGCAGGAUGAGGGCCUCUACAACCUGUACUUCCAUGCCUGUCCCAAUUACUAUGCGCCCAAAAUAGUGUCCUUUAAUGUGGACAUUGAGGAGAACAACAACGGCAACUAUCUGUCGGCGGGAGAGAUGCCCCUGCCCGCUCUGUACUUUAUGAUGAGUCUGCUCUUCUUUUUGUCCGGACUGUUCUGGGUGUUCAUUCUGAAGAAGAGCAAGCAUACUGUGUACAAAAUACACUACUUGAUGGCUGUGCUGGUGUUCCUCAAGUCGCUCUCCCUGAUGUUCCACUCGAUCAACUAUCAUUUCAUUGAGAAGCGCGGCGAGCAUGUCGAAACGUGGGCCAUACUCUACUACAUCGCACAUCUGCUGAAGGGCGCUGUGCUCUUCAUAACCAUCGUACUCAUUGGCACCGGCUGGACCUUCAUCAAGCACAUACUCUCGGACAAGGACAAGAAGAUCUUUAUGAUUGUGAUUCCACUGCAGAUCCUGGCAAAUGUGGCGCAAAUCAUCACAGAUGAAUCGGAUCAGAGCGAUGCCGAAUUCCGCACCUGGCACAACAUUUUCUUCUUUGUGGAUCUGCUGUGCUGCGGCGCCAUACUGUUUCCGAUUGUGUGGUCGAUACGCCAUUUGCAUGAGGCCUCGGCCACCGAUGGCAAGGCGGCCAUCAACUUGCGCAAACUGAAGCUCUUCCGCCAGUUCUACAUUAUGAUUGUUUGCUACAUUUACUUUACGCGCAUCAUUGUCGAUCUGCUCCAGAUGACUGUCGUGUUCCAGUAUGCCUGGCUGGACGAGAUGUUUCGCGAGAUGGCCACCUAUGUGUUCUUCGUGCUGACGGGCUACAAAUUCCGUCCAGUAUCAUCACAUCCAUACUUCACGGUGCCCGACGACGAUGACGAUGAUGAGGUGGAGGUGCUCACUGGCUCCGGCCUCACCGAAACGGUGCAUCGCAUCAAGCCACUGAAUCGUAGUGGCAGCCAUGGCACCGCCUCCACUGGUGGCAUCACCAUCAUCGAGGGCAAUGAGGAUGAGCGCGAGAAUCUAAUCGCGAAACGAGAAUCAAGUCAUGAAUACGAUUAGGCGAUAAGGCAGCACCCUCCUUCAUCCCCUUUCCCCAGAACCUUACCCAUAGAACACACACAACAACAAGCAAUCAAAAUCCAAUCUACAUACAUAAUAUUCCAAUGCAUAGUCUUUAGAGGCCACAGCCCAGAUCUUCGCCGUUAAAUUCUAGGCAAUAGGCAGAGACCCCAGAGGUUGUGCGUGAGUGUGUGUGUGUGGCUGGUCUUUAUUUGUAUACACCACAAAUAAUACUUGAGUUUAGAUCAUUAUCGUACACCUAAGGCAGCAGAAGGAGCUACAAAACAGAGAAGAAUAAUCUCAAUUUGUGCAGCAAUCGAACGGCGCAACUGCAAGUGGACUCCACGGCGAGAGAGAGAGAGAUGGACAGAGAGGAGAGCGAGGGAGAAGGCAACCCGUCCAGCGCCCACGCGGAAGACACAUUUGUAAAUAAUUACUUAAUAAUCGAACGCACCGAACGCUGCUUCUGACUCUCCCUCCCUGCCCCCAUCCUCUACUAUUACCAUAUAUA